AUGGUAAAACGCCAACACCUAGCAGCUGGCAAAUGUGAUUUUUACGCUCUGCGCUCAACUAAAAACCUCCGGCAUCAACUUGGAACAAACGCAUCGAAUUCUGCAGAACAAUCCUUCUGUCGCCGUAGACAACCUGCCUACUUCUUUUCAGAUGAACUGAACAAAGUGUUCGUGUCGCUUCGACAAGCCUGCUGUCGAGACAAUGGACAACUGGGAACGCCUUGCACCAGUCGCUUUCAUUACAAUCCAUUUCAUUUUCGGCGCACAUCGAAGCACAAUUCACUAGAGAGUACUGCACCUAUAGAAUACUGUCGUAUACAAUUGCCUAUUUUCAUGUGCAGGCUAAAAAUUAUGGAGCUUGUGGAACUACGUGCGAUGCACUGGCGGAGCAACCUGGCACACAGCCAGUACUAUCUCAAACGUCCUGAACAACGCGUAAAGCAGGAGCCGCCUGUCACCCCGCAGCCGAUGACGUUUUUACCACAGAAUCCUCUAUUCAUGCCGCCCGAAACGCCACCAGCAACACAUCCAACAAAUGCCGGCUUUUAUUUGAUUCCCGCAUCGGGUGGUUGGAUGCCGCCAAUGAUUCCUGGUAUACCACCAAAUCCAUUCAUCCACAGCCCCUCUCACACCUUGAUGCUUAACUAUACAGUCAACGAAGUUUGA